AUUAUGCAUGAUGAGGUCAGUGAGACAGAGAAUAUAAGAAAAAAUUUGGCCAUUGAACGUAUGAUUGUAGAUGGAUGUGAUUUGUUGUUGGAUGUCAAUCAGGUAUUUGUACGUCAAGGCACAUUAAUUCAAGUUAUGUGUGAUAAACUACGUUCAUCUCGUUCAAGGCUAAGCAAUUUCGGGACAUCGUGUAAAGAAAGAAAAGAGGCCAUUCGUCAGGUGUUCCUAUUCACCAAUCAUUUAUUGAUUACAGCUAGAACUAAUAAUGGAAAGUUGAGAUUAGUUAAAAAUUGUGGUAAAAUUUCUCUGGUUGAAUGUACACUUGUUGAAGAUACUACAGCGGAAUUAUUCAAUAUGGAUGAUGAAGAUCAAACAAAUCUUGGAAAUGAUCAAAAAAGUCAACAAGAAAAUGGUUCUCAUAUGACAAGAAGUAAUAUCGCCCCUCUGUUAAGUUCAUCCCCUUUAAAUACAAAUAUCAACAGUGAACUGCAUUCACGCAAUUCAUAUCCCGCCAAUAUUGUACAUGAUUCCAGUAGUCACCAACAUCCUCAACAUCAACAUCCUCAUCAAUUACACAAACGUUAUACAUGCCCUGAUUCCACCCUAAAUCGUAAUACACCUGUAAAUAGCUCUUAUCGUGUUGAUCAGCUGCACAGGUCUUCUACACCUCUGUCUUCUACUGGCACUGGCGGAAUAACACAACAGUCAUUGCCGACAACAACAACAACAACAGCAUCAACGACAACAUCUGUUUCAUGGUUACCAUCGCUGACAGUUCAGCAUAGACAUUCUGCAUCGUUGUGCACAUCGUCAACAACAACUGGUGAUAGUGAUGUACAGCAUACUACAAUGAGAAGUUCUAUCAACCAACCUGCGACUACUAUGAUCACUAAUAGUGGUAGCACUUUCACGCCUAUAUCGAAUAUGUCUAACGCGCCUAACAACACUGUACAAACUCGUAGUAGUUCAAAUGUUAGUUAUUCAGCAACGCCGACAACAUCAGCAAUGCCAACAACGACGACAACUCCAGAUAUUAAUGUAGUGACGAGUCCUACAUCCACGCAGCAUCCAACAAGUCCAUCAUUUUCAAUGUUACAUAGAUUUAGUAGUAAUAUGGGCUUGCUGAACUCGUUGAAUACAACUACCACUUGUAGUAAUACAGAUAAAACAGACUACGGGAAUUUGGAUUUUCGUUUAAUAUGGGAACCUAAAAAUGGUCAACCGACAAGUAUAUGGCUUGUUGCGUCAACAUUGCAAGAAAAAGCAGCUUGGUGUUCCGACAUUAGUCAAUGUAUUGAACAAUUACACUAUGGUGAUAUUUUGAAUUCAGCUCAAUCGGAUGUAUCAUCAGUAGCAAUGCCUCAAUCUAUCCGAUCUGAUCCGAAGUUGUUUAAAGAUGAUGUUGACAUUAAAUUCAGUCAUACAUUGAACUCUUGUAAAGUUCCUCAGGUAAGAGGAAUAGACAAGAUGUUUAAUUUAUUUAAAUUUAUGGUAAUUAGUGGAAAAUUGAUUGAUGUAUUGAUUGGCCAGUUGAUAAUUUAUAAUAAAUAA